AUGGGCGAAAAGAGAAAGCACAUCUCGGUUUUCCACCGGUGCUGCCGCCGACGGCCAGCGACUGCAGCUGGUGCAGGGAAGGAUGUCUACUGCGUGGUCCGCACUGGCAUGCGCGGGAAGCUCGAAGAUGUGUCAUCGCUUAUCCAAGCUGCGUAUUUGCCCUGCCACACAUCUUACUUGGAUGCGAAGGGCCGGUGGAAUAUUUCAUGUUAUGCAGAGCUGGAUGACAUCCCGGAUGCAAUGGUGCCCGGCGCAGUCGUGCACAUUCCAAUGAAAGACGUUCUGCAGCCCUUGUUGGAUGGAUUGACGGCAAAGCUGUGCACAUGGUGGCGCUCCUUGCAUCCAGAGUUUUCUGGUUUUGAAUUACAUCGCGUGCAAACCUUUGUUACUCGAUACCGGCCUUGUGAAGGAGAGACGCACUUGACUCGACAUGUGGACGGGCCCCACGUCGAUGCAUCCUUCAUUUUGCAGUUACACAGUCCCAGCUAUACCGGUGGUGGUGUGAGGAUAUGGGAUGCGCAAGGCCGCAGUAGAGAUUACGGCAUUGAGACGGGUGAUUUGUGCAUGUUGGAUCACAUGGUGUGGCAUCAGUCCCUUCCUGUGACAAGCGGGGAACGAUGGGUGCUUGUCGUUUUUUGCCAGAAGCGUGAACUCCUUCGGACGUCUGAUGCCGAGAACUGGGGCGCGGCAGAAGAAUGUGAGGGCCAGGAUUCGGGACUUGCGAGGUGUCAGCAGGCGAUCUGGUUAGCAACCCAGGCAGCCAACGCCAGCUGCGAUGUAGACAAGGUGCAGGCCACGAAAUUGGUUCGCAUGUUAUCAUCAAGCACGUUGGAUGAGCGUGAACGUGCAGCUUUCGCAUUGGGCUGCUUAGCUGUUAACGGUUCAUCAAACCAAGAAACCAUAGUUGAUUCUGGGGCUGUGCCGGUCCUUGUACACAUGCUUGGAACCACGACUCCCCAGCACAGCACAGAACGUGCUUGGGCUGCAGCUGCCCUCGGCCGCUUGGCAGUAAACUGCCCGAAGAACAAGCAAAUGAUCGCACAGUUGGGAGCUAUCCAGCCUUUGGUCACGAUGUUGUUAUCGGAUCAGGAGUUGGAGGCAGAAGAAGCUGCAUCCGCUUUGUGCAAUCUGUCAGCCAACCACGAAGGCAAUAAACAGCUGAUGACUUUGGCGAAUGCCGUACCGGCAUUGUUAAAGUGUUUGGGAGGGGCCAGCCCGAAGCAGUGCAUUUGGGCAACUGCCGCUUUAUUUAACCUGGCGUCUCAUCCAGCAAGCUGCCACCAGAUGUGUCGUGCUGGUGCUAUCGACCACCUUGUGCCUUUACUCUGUUCAGACACAGGCAGGCUACGGCGACAAGCAGCAGCAACUUUGGCGUCGUUGGCCAGAAGCGAAGCAGAGACCCGUGCGGGCAUCGUUGAGGCUGGAGCUUUGGAUGCGUUGAGAGCCAUGCUCCUCGACGAGGAGAGUGGCGUCGAGGCUGCCUCUCUUUUGGAGGAGCUGCAACGUGGGGUCACGCUGACAGACGAGUCUGAAGAUACAUAA